AUGAAUAAAUAUACUAAGAAAAUUUACUUUAAAAAAGAGGAAAUCAAAGAUGUAGGACCAUCGGUAGAUUCCGAUGACAUUGAGCAAAGAAUCGCAGCACGUAGACUGCGGAUAAAAAACAGACAGGAAAUGUUAGGAGCUGACACUCUCACCACGACAACUAAAGAACAAGCACAUGAAGUUGGGUUGGGAAGAGCUCAGAUUGAACAAAGCAAUCAAAGGAUUGCCAAGCUGAUUCGUGAUGGAGACUCUUUUGUUACUAAUAUUCGCGUUGCAUGUGAUGCUCGUGAAAAUCUCAAAAGGGCUGAGGACCAUGAAUUAAAUCAAAUAAGAGUUCAAAACCUUGAAAAUGACGCAACGAAUAGCCUGGAAUUAUUUAACAAGAUAACUGAACAAUGGGAUAUAGUACAAGAAAGUGAAUUAGUAGAUGAAACAAGAGAGCUUUUAGAGAAACAGAAAAAGUUGUGUACAGAUUUGAUAGCUGAGAAGAACAAAUUAAUCAAUGAAUUAAAUUUGGAAGUAAAAGCAAAAGAUGACCAUUAUGUUAGAGAGUUGAAAAAACGUACAGAAGAUAUUGAUUUAUUGGCUGAGAGAAUGGAAUCACAAAUUAAAGCAAUGCAAAGAGCUUAUCGUGAAGAGAUUAUUGCUAUUGAAAAUGCAUUUUUAGAACAACGGGAAAAGUUGACCAAUGAACAGAAUACAGAAUGGGAAAUGCUGAUGAAAGAAAUUAAACAGAAACAGGUAAAAAAAACAACAGCAUUUUCAAUCGAUAAUGAUUUUAUUCGAUGGAAUUGUGUAUUUUUUAAAUAG